AUGAGUAAUACAUUCUGCCAAAGCGAGGUAUUGCUCAUAAUUCUUGGGAUAUGGGAAAUCAUGUUUGGUUCGACUAACAACAACACUCCUGCUUUUAAUUUACGCUGUGUCUUGGAAAAAGACAAAUUGAAUGCAAAAAACUUCCUUGAAUGGGAAAUGGCUGUGAGAAUUGUUCUCAGACCUGAAGGAAGGGAAAGUGUUCUUAACACUCCACUCCCUGAACCCCUGCCAGAAACUGCAACAGCUGCAAAAAAAAGAGCUAGACAAACUCUCGAGGCCAAUUCUAUGCAAGUAACAUGUCUGAUGCUUGCUUGCAUGGAACAUGAUUUUCAAAAACGUUUCAACAAUCUUGAUGCCUACACAAUAAUCCAGCAACUUAGAACAAUGUUCAAAAAGAAUGCUCGAUUAGUGAGAUUUGAAGCUAAUUGUAAACUUUUGGAAUGCAAACUGGGCAAGGGAAAACCCUUCGGACCCCAUGUGUUCGCCUUAAUAGGACAUUUUCAAGUCAUGGAAAAGUUGGGUUUUCCUUAUCCCAAAGAGCUGGCCACUGAUAUUGUAAUCAGAUCCUUGCCAGAAACUUUUGAUGCUUUCAGGUUAAAUUUUUAUAUGCAAGGAGGGGAAGCAACCUUGCCAGAAUUGCAUGGUAUGCUUGUUCAGGCUGAAAGGAGCUUACCCACUGAACCUGCACUGAAAGAUGUGCUCAUGGCUACUCCAAAGGCUAAAGUAGCAGCACUACAUGAGUGCUACCACUGCCAUAAGAUUGGCCAUUGGAAGAGGAACUGCCCCGCUAUCUGGAAGAAAAAAGGUCUGGUGCGUCAUCUUCAGGUAUUUGAUACUGCCUGUGGGUCUCACAUUACCAGUAAUGUGCAUGGUCUAAAAAGAAGUAGAAGCUUGAGCAAAGGUGAGGUGGAUCUCCGAGUCGGCAAUGGAGCAAGAGUUGCUGCUUUAGCUGUAGGAGUUUAUAUUUUGACAUUACCCUCUGCUAAAUUAUUAAAUGGGUUAUAUGUGCUAGACUUAGAAACUCACAUCUAUAACAUAAACAGCAAGAAACGUAAAACAAAUGAUUCAAACCCCACUUACCUAUGGCAUUGUCGAUUAGGCCACAUAAGUUCAAAACGCAUAGAGAAACUUCGUACAAGUGAAAGGGCCAAUGACCUCUUAGCUCUCAUAUAUACUGAUGUAUGUGGACCUAUGAGUACCGUGGCUCGGGGUGGUUACAGCUACUUUAUAACCUUUACUGAAGAUGUAAGAAGAUAUGGAUAUGUUUACCUCAUGAGACAUAAGUGGGAGUCCUUUGAAAAGUUCAAGGAAUUUCAAAAUGAAUUUGAUGAUCAUUUGAAAAAUCGAGGCAUACUAUCACAAUUGACUCCACCAGGAACACCACAAUUAAAUGGCGUCUCUAAGAGGAGGAAUCAAACUCUAUUAGAUAUGGUUCGGUCAGUGAUGAGUCUUGCUGAUCUUCCUAUUUCAUUUUGGGGAUUUGCAUUGGAUAUAGCUGCAUUCACACUUAAUAGGGCACCUACCAAAGCAGUGGAAAAGACAUCAUGUGAGAUGUGGACGGGAAAUGUUCCGAAGUUGUCUUUUCUAAGGAUUUGGGGUUGCGAAGCUUAUGUAAAACGUUUAAUAUCUGAUAAACUAGCACCUAAAUCUGACAAAUGUCUUUUUGUGGGUUACCCAAAAAAGACAAAGGGAUACUACUUUUACAACGAAAGCGAAAACAAAGUAUUUGUUGCUCGCAAUGGUGUUUUUCUAGAACAGGAAUUUAUUUCUAGAAAAACAAGUGGGAGUAAUGUAUAUCUCGAAGAAGUUCGAGAUGAGCAACAAAUGGAUAAGGUUAACACCUCAUCAGAGGCGCCCCAACAUGAUAAUGCCCAGGAGGAAAUGCAUUCAACACACUUACCUCCUACCGCCCCAAGUGGAGAAAAUCCACGCGAAGUCACUCUACCUAAUGAGGCAGAAACUUCUCUUGUUGUUCCCCUACGUAAGUCUAGUAGGACAAUAAUUCCGUCAAGAAGAUACAUUGAUUUCCUUUUGGCAGAAAACUUUGAAAUAACCAUGUUAGAAUCAGAAGAGCCUACUAGUCACAAAGAUGCUUUGGAGAGUCCUGACUCCGAAAAAUGGCUUGAAGCCAUGAAAUCUGAAAUGGAUUCCAUCCAUGCUAAAAUCCAUUAG